GAGAAAUCCCAGAACACACAGGACCUGGACCACAGCCGAGACCUGGACCAGUCUGGACCAGAUUCAAUUACUCUGACGGACCGUCACAGCCAUGGCGUUCAAACUACUAACCAGGAAAGAUGGAGCAAAUCAGCAACUGAGGGAAUCCGUCUCCUACUGGACCUUAAACGUUACUGUGGUGAAGGCCAAAAACAGAGAGUCUGAAGACAUCUUCUCUCAGUCGGACUGUUAUGUGGUUCUGUCUCUGCCCACGGCGUCUGCCAGGACCUGUCGCACACAGACCGUCCCCAACAGUAACAACCCAGAGUGGAACCAGACCUUCACCUUCAGGGUCCCCACCAAAGUCAAAAACAUCCUGGAGAUCCGGCUGUAUGAUGAAGACCCCCUGUCCCCAGAUGAUCUGAUCUCCACCGUCCUGUUGGACAUCAGCACCCUGACCUUAGGACAGAAGGAGACCAAGAUCUUCAUCACAGACCUGGAGAAAGUGGAUCAACUGGUGAUGGACUUUGAGCUUCUGUCCAGUAAGGAUUCCAGUCAGAGUUAUGUGUCCAACGGUGUUCUCAUGGCCGCCCCCUUCUCCACUGUGGACGUCAGCGUGGACAAACUACUGAGCAACCACAGCGUUCAGGACAAGGUGCUGAAGAUAAACGGAGCCUUUGAGGAGGCUCAUGCUCUGGACUUAGAGGACUCCCACAAACUGCGCUUCUACAUUAACAGAGACCUGGAAACUGAACUGGGAGUAGCAGCUCAUCCUGAUGCUCUGUCGGUCUCGGCUGCGCAGACGCAGACGGUCCACCUGCAGGCUUUACCUGCCAAACAUGCAGAGAAGGUGUCUUUACUGAUGGAGGAGGACACAGUGGACAUCCACCUGGAAACCAGUGACAGUGUGAAGGAUCACCUGGACGUGCGUCUGGACUUCGACAUUCCUCCUGCAGAAAAAGAGUUCCUGAAGAAGAGGAAAGUGGGAGUGGCCAAAGCUCUGCAGAAGCUCCUGGGCCUCCAGACCCCCCUGAGACCUGAUAAGGUCCCGACCAUAGCAGUGGUGGCUUCAGGAGGAGGGUCCAGAGCCAUGACAGGCCUGUUUGGGGGUCUAAGGGGUCUGAAGGAGAUUGGAGUCCUGGACGCUGUCACCUACCUGACAGCUGUGUCUGGAUCUACAUGGGCCUUGGCCUCCUUGUACCAGAAAGCGAACUGGUCCCAUCAGGACUUGGAGGUGGUCAUCAAAGAGGCCAAAGAACAGAUGACCAAGAGUCCACUGAGUCUGUUAUCUGGAGACAAACUGCAGUACUACAGCCAAGAGAUGGACACCAAGGAGAAGGACGGACACAUGGUGUCCUUCAUAGACAUGGCAGGACUGGUCCUGGAACAGCUGGUGUUUGGGAAGAAAAUGGACAGUACCAUAUCGGACCAGCAGCAGACGGUGAACUCAGGGCAGAAUCCUUUACCCAUCUACACGGCCGUCAACAUGAAGGAUGGAAUCAAAGGCACCGACUCGGAGGCUGAGUGGUGUGAGUUCACUCCAUACGAGGUGGGUCUGUCUAAAUACGGGGCCUUCGUCCAGACCUCAGACUUCGGCAGUCACUUCUUCCUGGGUCACCUGAUCCAGAAACUCCCAGAGGUCCGUCUGGCUGCUCUUCUGGGGAUCUGGAGCAGUGUGUUCUCUGUGAGUGUGACCCAGCUGUGGAAGAUGAUCACAGGCUCAGAGCCUUCAUGGAGCCCCUUCCUGGGUCCAGACGUGGACCAGUUAGAGGUGGACAGUGAGUCUUCCACUCUGGACACGUACCUGUUGAACCCCAUCACCAGCGUCACCAACAUGUUGACGGACUUCUUCAGGACUCGUCCGGUCAUCGCUGAAGUGUUCAACUACAUGCGUGGUCUGUCCAUGCACUGGAACUACAACCAACAUGACAACUUUGUAUCUGAGAAAGACUCACAUGUGGAUGCGUUCCCUAACACUCUGACUCCCAGUGACUCCACCCUUCGUCUGGUGGACUCUGGUCAUGCCAUAAACAUCGGCUGUAUUCCCAUUGUGCGUCCAGAGCGACACGUGGACAUUAUCAUUGUCCUGAGUUACUCGUGGGACCCCCAGAACAUCCUCAGGGUCCUGCAGAAAACCGCUAACUACUGUGCAGACCAUAAGAUCCCCUUUCCCAAAGUGGAUUAUGCCAGUCUGGAAAAGGAGCCGGAGAAAGAGGUCUACGUCUUUGAGGAUCAGGAGGACCCCAAAGCCCCCAUAGUGGUUCACUUCCCACUGGUUAAUAUCACAUACAAAGACUUCAAACAACCUGGUGUAAAGCGUCAGAGUGCAGAGGAAGUCAAAGCUGGAGACGUGGACGUGAAGAGCAGCGAGUCUCCGUACACGACCAAGAACCUGACCUACUCUGGACCGGACUACGACACUCUGGUGGACCUGUGCUGUUACAACGUGGUCAACAACAAAGACAGCGUCCACAGAGUCAUCAAACAGGUCCUGAAGAAGACCAUGAACAAGGCCGGGGUCACCGAGUGCAAGACCCAGUAAGGCACCAAAUAUGGGCAUAAGAAGACCCAGUAAGGCACCAAAUAUGGAUAUAAGAAGACACAGUAUGGCACCAAAUAUGAGACAAAAUACAGUCAAGGAAAAAGAUAGUGAACUGAAAGAUAGUGAACUGACAUGGGCUUUAGGACCAAACAGAAGUGACCCAAAUACAGAAUAAUAUAUAAACAUGGAAACACAAAAACAGACAAAAUCAGACGAAUGUGUCCUAUUAACGCAGUAGUUUAGAGCAGCUCUUAAGGGUCAUCACAUAACCUUUAUUAUAAUGUGGUACUACAUCAAUAAAAUUCAACUGAUUGAUGAUUGAUUGAAGAACAGUCUGGUCCUUUGUGUAUCUGUUAUUUCUGAGCAUGAAAAUAAAAAUCUACCUGUGGUUUGUGGAUUCAGUUUGUUCUCAUUCU